AUGGAAAGCUCUCAUCUACAGGCCGCUACUGUGCUGCUACAGGAAACAGGUAAACAGGUCUCUGAAAAAGACAAAACACUGGUUCAAAAUUGCCUUUCACUGUAUUUGCCAUAUGGCGUGGAAAAGACACAAGUAGAAAGAAACCUAUUUACUGGACAUUUACUCAAGAAAGUUGAUGGAACAUAUUUGGUUGAACCCUGUCAUCAAGAAAAAGUAGAUACGUCAGAAAAUGAAGAUAUAUCAAUCAUUACUAAGAAGGGAAUUUCAUUCAGUAGUCUGAAUGUUGGGUUUAAUCGCCAGAUAGCCGAGGAAAUUGAACAAGAAACUGCGCAUGUGCAUACAUUCAUGCCUGGAAAUGGAAUGAACCUUUUAGUCAUAGAUUUUUCCGAUGAACAUGAUAGUACAUUCACCCACAACAAUAUUAAUAAUGGAGACGAAAAACAGUUUUGCAGAAAGGGCACAAUAGUUAAAGCAUUUGUCCAGAACUGGAUAAAUUCACUACACGCUCAAAUGGCUAAGAGUGGACUGGAUUGCAAUGUGGUAAAACCAAGUGUUAAUGUACAAUCUGCAAGGGGAAAACUAGAAUCAAUACAAGAGGAUUUGUCCACAGUUAUAAACAAACGUGAGCAGGAUAUACGCCAAUUAUUGAAGACUGAAAUGAAAGAAUCUGCUAAGAAUUGUCCAGAAAACGGACAUAUAAUAUUCGCUAUAAGCUCCCACCCUUCGCAAAUAAAUAAACCACACAAUGAAACAGCAGAUUUGAAGAAGAACAAGCUAGAAGAACUUCUGAAAAAACACAGUAAUAAAAUACCAGGCAAGUGGUUAAAAUUAGAGGUUCUGUUAAAACUAAAGGAACGACCAGUAAUGGAACUAGCAGACGUUUACACUGUAGGCUGUGAACUGAAUUUAUCACCAGAAGAGGUCGAUGAUGCAUUGCUAUGGCUUUACAGUCUUCGAGAUAUCAUACAUUUUGCUGAUGACAGAGAACUGCGUAACACAGUUAUUAUCAAUCCACGAUGGUUGAUCGACCUCAUAAAAUUGUUCGCCACAGAGACAUCAAUGUAUCAGAAGGUAGAAGCAUACAGAAUGGUAUCCCCAUUAUGUGAAAUCUUGUACAAGCAUGGUAUACUUGACACACAAUUGAUAUAUGAAAUACUGGGAAGAUGUGGAAGGGCUGAAGACGGUAGAAUACUUCUCAAAGCAUUGCUGAUGUUUGAAAUCAUUUACCCUUUCCCUUGCAAGAAAGAAAUUACAUCCUACUACAUGCCGUGUCUGUUAAAAACCAUUGAUCAGUCCGGCAUGCUAUUUCCGGUAAACACCAUACAAGGUCCUUCACUAUAUUAUCACUUUGACGGAGGGUGUUUACCUGAUGGUAUUUUUCACCAACUAAUAGUUCGGUGUCUGGAGUAUUGGCCACAAGCGGAGUUAUUUAGAAAUGUUGCUAAAUUUGAAAUAAACGACCACCAUUACCUGCUUGUAUCGAAGAGGGAGUGUGACAUCGAGUUGGCAGUGGUAGCAACACCUAAAAAAAGAGGAGAAGUGGCACACUUACGGAAGUCAUUUUGUACAGAAAUUAGGGAAUGUGUUGACAUGAUUUUGAAAGUUCUAGUCAAGAGAUACAACUCAAUAGUAUCAUAUAAGUCAUGCCUAAAGUGUGAUCAUAAACUACACACGGAAGAAGCGAUUACUUCUGGUAAACCUGGAAUAGAUGAUGGAUGUAUCACGGCAGAUUGUAACAAUGGAAAUGGAUAUUUUUGUCUUCAUCAAAGUCAUAUUGAUGUAACUGAUCUGUGGUACCCCAAAAGUACUGCAUCGCGUGAUUUAGGGCUACAUUCUAAGAUGAGACACGAAGGCGAUGAACUAUGUAUGACUUAUUAUGAAAAAACAAAGGUGAUUACUUCUGAUGACAUCCCUACUAUUGGUAUUGUAACUGCAUUGGACUGUGAGUAUAUUGCUAUGUCUUUUAUGUUUACAAAAUCUUUAAAGACAUACAUAGGCAAUCAGCCAAUUGGUGAUCUCAAUCGUUACAAACUUGGAAGCAUAGGGAAUAAGACAAUAGUCAUAACGUCACUACCUGUUGGAAUGACUGGAGAAGAAGUAUCUGCUGUCACUGCUACGCGACUUUGUGAUGUUUUCCCGUCAGUGAAAAUAUUGUACAUGGUUGGGAUUGCUGGAGGGGUACCAAACAUACAGUAUGAUGAAGAGAAAGCCAUUCAAUCCAUAAAGUAUAUUCGCCCGCACGUCCGCGAGGGAGAUGUCAUCGUUGCCUAUCCAGUUAAAGAUAGUAGUCCGGGUUUCAUUCAAUACGACUAUGGUAAAAUUGUAUCAGAUAUUGCCUCAGAGAACUUAAAGGGAAAUAUUAAAAGACAAACACAAAUCAGGCUUUCACCGGAAGGGUUAUCCGCUGCCAGGGAAAUCAAGAACGAAUUUGAAACCCACCAAUCUAAGCCAUGGAUUAAAACAAUUGAAAACAUUUUAAGAAACCGGAACAAAGUUAAUCGAUUGAAUCAGAUUCGAUUCCAGCGUCCAACUGACGAAGAACGUAUUACUGCCAGUCGUAUUCAACAUCCGGAAGAAAAUAUCCUCAGAUCACCAGGAGAGCCUAAGGUGCAUUUCGGAAUCUUAGCUUCUGCAAACAGCGUAAUGCGAAACAGUGAGAUCAGAGAUAAGCUGGCUGAAGCUGAAAAUAUCAUUGGUUUUGAAAUGGAGAAUGCAGGCAUUGCUGUAGCCACGAGCUUAUCUUCAAAAGAGUGUAUGUUUGUUAGAGGUGUGUGUGAUUAUUCAGAUGAAUUCAAGGACAAAGCAUGGCAGUAUUACGCUUCGUUGGCAGCUGCAGCUGUUGCCAAGUGUCUAAUAGAAAAAUUGAAGUAA